AAAACCCCCAAACGCAGAGAAAGGCGGGAAAACGAGUCUUGAUUCCUUGAAGUCUGAGAAGCCUCUCUCUCUGUCUCUCAUCUUCCCUGUUGCGUGUUUCCGCAGAUUCCCGUUUCCGGAGAAUUAUCGGCGGCGAUUUCUGCUCUGAAAUAUGGUGGACGUUGGUAAUAUAGACAUUCUGAGCGAGAUCCAAGUUCUAGUCUCUGAUAAGCUUCAAGUGGUCUCUUACAAGUGGCUUAGUCGCAAUUUCACAGUGUCAUCAAAUGAUGCAAAGAGGCUUCUUCUGGAGUUUGUUGAAAAACAUGGAAGUGGAAUGGAAGUGGUAUACACCUUGUCAGGAUGGUUGAAGAACGAUCCUCCAGUUUACCAUAUACGGCUAGUUUCUGGACUUAAGCUUGCAGAAAUGAAAAAAGAAUUUGAGGACAAUUGCUCAGUUCAGGUUUACAGUUUACAAGCUUGCAUUCCGAAGGAUCCAGCUGUGCUUUGGAAUGCUGAAUUUGUACAGGCAGAAGAUCUCUUUAAUCAGCCUUCAACUGUUGAUAAUUGCUUGAGAGACAACAGGUUCUGUGGGGUUUCAAAUUCCUUUGUCAAGCGCAAUGCUAAAGAAACGCCUCCCGUUUUUGUGCCCCCACAGCGUAAUAAUUCAGGUGUAACAGGGCCAUCCAAAAGUAGUUCUGCAAAUCAAACUCCAUAUGUACCACAACCACAAGAAGGAAAAAUACAACAAGUGAGCCCAAAAAUUGGAUUGCAGUCCACAACAGUGGCAUCAAGUGAUGUUAAAAAUGAGCAUAGUGCUAGGGAAGUUCAUGCUCAUACUAGCAAACCUCAUACAGAUAAAGAAAAAGGUACAGCAUUUCCUGCUAACAAAACGACAGCCCAGAAUGAUAAAGGCUCUUCAGGAACUGGAGGAUCACUGGCCAGUUUUUGGGGUCGUGCAUCUGCAAAGUCAAAGCCCAGCUGUCCCGCAGCAGAACCGAGUAAUGUUGUUCCAAACACCAGUUUUAGUGCAGAAGCUCAAAUUUGUGCUCAUGAAGCAGUAGAUGCCAUCAGCAGUGAUGACGAGGGGCAAAUUAUCAACCACAAGAGGGCCUCAAAUGGUGAAGGCAGCCGGAAGAGGAGGGUAGUCUUUGAUUUCUCUGAUGAAGAAGAUGAAGAUGCAGUCAAUCUAGCCUCACCGGAUCCUCCAAAAAGGCAGUCAAGUCCGGAUUCUAAACACAAGAAGAAGUCAUUUGUUCUGGAGACAAAUAAUUUGGAUUUUGAAGAGCAAAAAGAAGAAAAUCCAAAGGUCAAGCAGGAGAAAACAACUGAAAGCGACGCUAGUCUACGGAGGGAAGAUUCAGUUUCCAGCAAAGAAAAGAAACCUGGGAUUUCUUUGUUAGAUAAGUCCGACAGUGUUGUCCCCAAAAAUACUUUGAAUAAAAUAGAGAAAACAACUGAAGCUGCUCCCAGUUCUCCCAAAAGGAGAAAGAUGCUUAAGACACGUAUCGAUGAGCGUGGCAGAGAAGUGACUGAGGUUGUUUGGGAGGAUGAGGGGGCAGAAAACAAGAACACUGAGAAGAACUCAGUCAACAAUGUUAACAGCAGGCCUCCUGCAACUAAAUCUCCAGCAGUGGGGCCAGCUGCUCCAUCUAACCCAGCUGGCAAAACUGGAAACAAGAAAGCAGGAAAAGGUGGUGUGAAGGAUCCAAAGCAGGGCAAUAUUAUGUCAUUCUUCAAGAAGGUUUGAGACAACUUAUAGCAAGAGGUAGCUAGCGCUCUAUGGGAACUCCUAGUAUACCAAGAGAGUUGAAUCGUAGUUAUUGAGUUGUGAAUAUCAUGUGUUCAUCAUUCAAUAUGAUCUCUUAACUUUGCAGGUGAGGCC